AUGCGGCCGCCCUCGGUGUUUGCCUCAUCCACUUCAUGCUAGGCUUGCAAUUUCUCUACCCUCUCUCUGCUUUGUUUUCAUUUUCUUUCACUGUACUCUGCCGAUGUCAAUUGCGGGAUUAUCCAGCCCCAGCUGAGCUGCACUCGGUCCAUGUGAAUCCACUCAAGCAAAUGAUCUAAAACGAUCAAAGCCCAACAGCUACUCAUCACCCAGCACUCAUUCUUUCCACGACGGCAAAGAUGGGUCUAAUCUCUCAUGAAUCUUCGCCCACUUACUCGCUGCUCGCCGUCUUUGCCGCUUGGAAGGCCUUUUUACUCUCCAUCGCCCUCGGAACCGCCGUCAGCCACGACUAUGACACGUCAACGUCCCUCUUCUUCGAGCACAUGCACGGCGCUGGCGUCAACGCCUCAGCCCUAGCAACCAAAUUGACGCGAUGGGAUGCGCUGUAUUUCAUGCAGGCUGCGCACGGCGGCUAUGUUUACGAGCAGCAAUGGGCGUUUGGGGCGGCAUUGCCCGUUGCCGUCGAUGGCAUCCUCAAGGUGCUCAAGGGGUUGCAUCUGGUUGGCGACGGGGCCCUCGAGCCCGUGGUGGCCAUCGUCUUUACGAAUUUGACGCAUCUAGCCGCCGUGCUGGCUCUCCACAGGCUGACUCUCGUCCUCUUCAACAACAAAACGCUGGCCUAUGUAGCGGCUGUCUUGCACAUCCUCUCGCCCGCCGGCCUCUUUCUAUCAGCCCCGUACACGGAGAGCCCGUUUGCCUGCUUGUCAUUCAUCGGCAACUUGCUUUUUGCACUGGGUCUUCGGUCCAGUACUGCCACUUGGAAACGGAUCCUGGCUUUUCUUAGCGCCGGAGCCUCCUUUGGACUGUCCACUGCCUUCAGGAGUAAUGGCCUAGUCAGUGGUCUCCUGUUCGCGGUGCAAGCGAUCCAAGGGCUGCUCGACUUUUUCCGCCACCCGAGCUUUCCCAGGCUGGCUCUCCUCGCUUCCUUGAUCAUUGGUGGCCUCUUCAUCGCGGCGGGUAGUGCGGUACCACAAACGGUGGCGUGGUACAGAUACUGCAAGGUUGGCUCCAUUGACGCCGAGCCCAGGCCGUGGUGCCAUCGUCUGGUACCCAGUAUCUUUACCUUUGUACAGGCACAUUACUGGAAUAACGGGUUUUUGAAGUAUUGGACCCUAAACCAGCUGCCGCUCUUCUUACUAGCCAGCCCCAUGCUCACAAUCCUUCUCAAGUCUGGGCUCGAUUUUAGUUUCAACCGUGUCCAGGGCGUUGCAAAAGCUGUGCCGGUGCCAUCGGAGACAUAUCGCACAUUUGUGCUUACACUGGCCGCGAUCCAAACGUUGAUUGCUACCUUGGCCAUUACCAACUUCCAUGUGCAGAUUAUUAGUCGGCUAUCAUCUGGCUAUCCCAUAUGGUAUUGGUGGGUAGCAAAUAGCCUGAGCAGCGGCAAGUCUCAAAAAAUCGCGUCACGGAUUGUUAUUUUCAUGACUAUGUAUGCCAGCAUCCAGGGCGCCCUGUUUGCAUCCUUUCUACCGCCCGCAUAGGGGCCUGAGUUGGCCCACCUUCUUCUAUGCAGUUCUUUCUAUCCACAUCUGUGUAACUAUUCCCUGGCCGCCUCCUGGCCAACAGUCUGUAUAUAUUGUAGUCAUACAAAGGGCCCUAAUUCAUCGUCUGGC